AUCAACCAAUUCCACUCGCUCCAAGUGUCGUCGCCAAUCCCCCAUUUUUGUUUGCCAGAGAGCCUGAUAUUCACCUGGAAAAUGGGAGCUGGUGCGAGCACUCCAUCCCCGGACCCGCCCGCGGCUGGAGUAUGCCCCGUUGACCACAAGACGCGCGAGGCCUGGCUGCAGCAACACAAAGCAUCCGGCGGUGGUGCUCCUCCUCACCCUCUACCGUCAGAAGAUGGACAAUCGACAGGAAGAUCCCAACGGCCCCUUUCUACCGACCGUGAAGUGAGCAGUAUACCGCGAGCCAUUGACCCUACAUCCCAGCCGUCGAAUCCCGAGUCCCCGUAUGCGCCCGCAUCACCAUACGCCUCGUCUGCCGCAUCGCAUGGAUCUCCCUCGAAUGCCGAAGCUGAAACUGGCCAUGAUCCGAACACCGGGAACUGGAUCUAUCCGUCAGAGCGACAAUUCUUCGAAGCGCUUGUGCGCAAGGGCAACACUCCCAACUCCACCCACUCCGCCUCCGAACUUGCAACCACUGUCGCAUCGAUUAUUCCUAUCCACAACGCCGUCAAUGAGCGCGCCUGGCAGCAGAUCCUGGAAUGGGAAAACCGGGCCCCCAUGUCCGACCCUGGUAGUAAGAAAUGUGGAGGCCCGAAGCUGUAUGCCUUCCGGGGUCUGGGCGUCGAUCCGCAGUUUCUCAGCCCUCGCGCCCGUGUAAACAACUUGAUGGGCUACCAGCUCCCCUUUGAUCGACACGACUGGGUUGUAGAGAGAUGCGGUGGUGAGAGGAUUGAAUAUGUCAUCGACUUUUACCAAGGGAAAACUUCGGGUGGAAACAAUGCGGCUGGCCUGGCUGCGAACGCUGGCCCGGGCAAGCUCAGUUUCUACCUCGACGUACGGCCUAAGUUGAACUCGGUGGAGGGCUGCCGGAUGCGAUUCAGCCGUUUCAUGGGGCUAUAAGGGUCCGAUGAGUCAUUCUUGCGAUGCAUAUAGAGGCGAAAAAGGAGUUUGGGUACGGUCUUGGGUAAUCGUCGCAGUGUACAGUUCAUGUAUAAAAGAAGCUAUGUAUGAUAUAAGGCAUGGAAAGAUAGAACGACAAAUGUAAAUAACACAUCCUCGCUCCGGA